AUGUCAGGCAUAACAGACGAUCUACCUUCAAAUAAGAGGAGAUGGGAAGCUGCCAUGGCUCGGAUGGGCCUUACAGGUCAAACUAUCCACGGCGCGGAGUUAGAUUCUGCCUCAAAGAUUGAAUAUAAACAAUUUCUUCUACUUCAAGUACUAUGGGAGAUACGCCAUAUUCAAGAUCUGCCGAAGCUGCUCCCUGAUCUCAACAACUGGAUUGUGAAAGCAGAGGAAUUGUUGAAAAAUUACAAAUCAUGGCAAACAUAUUGUCAGGAAUUCUCAUCAAAAGAUAUGGGUGAAGGGAACUUCACAAUUGCCCGGCUCUAUCAGCUCGAAGUUACAAACACAAAAGACGAAGUAGAUCCACGGUCACUUGCAACUCCUGUUGCACAUCGAACACGCGCUAGGGUACUGAGUCGAAAGUUAGCUAAUAUGUAUUUGGCAACGCCUACGAAGUCCACAAAUGUCUCUGAGUCCCUGGACGUGGAAGACCUAGGUCUUGAUACACCUGAGGAUACUCCGGUGAAAUCAAUUCCGGAAACCCCAAGUCCACCUCAGGAGACCUCACCUCCUUCUAAAGAGCAAGUGGGCGUGCUAUUCCCUCCGACUAGGGACGAGCAAAUCGUCAAUUGCGCCCUUGUUAUCUUCAUGAAUGCUCUAACUGCACCGUUCAAGCUCGCUAACAAUUGGACCUUGCACAGAAAGGCUUUCAAGGCUGAUUUUGGAGAUGCUAGUUUCGAAGCCAGAACCGAUGGGUAUCUGGAUGACCGGCAGGGUAACGCUCAGGCCAUUAUCGAGGUCAAACCGGUCAUGCGAGCGAAGAAACUCGCUGCUAUACGAAUGCAGGAGAGUGCGCAGAUGGUUGCGUGGGUCAAAAGUGAUGGUGUACAGGCAUAUAAAUUGGACAAAGAGUAUGUCAAUCAUCUCUCAACAAUCAUUAUCACGAAGUAACACACCGGAUGCUAACUAUGAAGGCGCUUUCUAACCUCGCAAGACCGGCACGAGAUCUAUCUGACCGUUUCUCAGUACGAUGACGAAUACGUCAAAUAUCUGGCAGACAAGAACUAUACGAGCCAGUCUCGGCCGUUUUUGAUUAUGCGUCAGUUCGGCCCGUGGAGCACAUUGAACCUGGCCCAUGUGAUGAAAGUAGCGCCUAUUCUGCUGGCAAUAUCACUUCGUGCAGAUGCACAACUCAGACAGAGAAGAUCCUUGCCGAACUAAAGGCCUAUAUUUGGGUUUGGCGGUUUCAAUACCAACCUUAUGUUGAUGGUUCCCUGUGAACAGGCACCUUAUCAGAGAUCCUCAA